UCUGCACUGCUCAGCAUGGAGCUCGCCUUCACCAGACCUGACAAAGUGAAGCUCCUGAGGCAGCCUGGCAGAUUGAUCCACAGCAUCGCAGGGCAGAGUGAGUCGGCAGCAUGGAACAGCCUUCAGGACCAGUUUGACAAUCUAGAGAAGCACACGCAGUGGGGUAUCGAUGUUCUGGAAAAGUACAUCAAGUUUGUCAAAGAAAGAACAGAGAUUGAACUCAGCUAUGCAAAGCAGCUUAGGAAUCUUUCAAAGAAAUAUCAACCCAAGAAGAACUCCAAAGAAGAGGAAGAGUACAGGUACACAUCAACUAGAGCCUUCCUAGCCACUUUAAAUGAAAUGAAUGACUAUGCCGGACAGCAUGAGGUCAUUUCAGAGAACAUGACCUCUCUUAUCAUUGGAGAGUUAACUCGCUAUGUGCAGGAGCUGAAACAAGAGAGGAAAUUGCACUUCCACGAUGGCAGAAAGGCACAACAGCAUAUUGAAACUUGCUGGAAACAACUUGAAGCUAGUAAAAGGCGGUUUGAACGUGACUGCAAAGAAGCUGAUCGAGCACAGCAGUAUUUUGAGAAAAUGGAUGCUGAUAUCAAUGUUACAAAAGCAGAUGUUGAAAAGGCAAGACAGCAAGCCCAGCUGAGACAUCAAAUGGCAGAAGACAGCAAGGCAGAAUAUUCUUCCACUCUACAGAAGUUCAACAGUGAGCAGCACGAUCAUUACUACACACACAUACCAAAUAUCUUCCAGAAAAUACAAGAAAUGGAGGAAAGAAGAAUUGUGAGGAUAGGUGAAUCCAUGAAAACGUUUGCAGAGGUUGACCGCCAAGUGAUCCCAAUCAUUGGGAAGUGUCUGGAUGAAAUAACAAAGGCUGCAGAAUCAGUUGAUCACAAGAGCGAUUCUCAGAUGGUAAUAGAAGCCUACAAAUCAGGGUUUGAGCCUCCAGGAGACGUUGAAUUUGAGGACUUCACUCAGCCCAUGAAGCGGACUGUCUCCGAAUCCAGCCUUUCCAACUCCAGAGGGGAUGGGAAGUACGAGCCGAAGUUUGGUAGCAAAUCCAAGGGCAAGUUAUGGCCGUUCAUCAAGAAAAAUAAGCUUAUGUCCCUUUUAACAUCCCCCCAUCAGCCCCCUCCUCCUCCCCCUGCCUCUGCCUCACCCUCUGCUGUUCCCAACGGCCCCCAGUCUCCCAAGCAGCAAAAGGAACCCCUCUCCCAUCGCUUCAACGAGUUCAUGACCUCCAAACCCAAAAUCCACUGCUUCAGGAGCCUAAAGCGCGGGCAGCAGACACAGUCUUUGUAUUUUCACAAAGAACUCAUGAAGAGGACUUUAGGGACACCCACGUGUGCCAUUGAGGCUAGGGAAUACGUUCUUUCUCUCAAGCUGAUAACUCUGAAUACACAGGUCUGGAGUCUAAUAGAGGGAGCAGGGCCAGAGGACUUCAGCAAUCUCCCACCUGAGCAAAGAAGAAAGAAACUUCAGCAAAAAGUCGAUGAGCUGAACAAAGACAUUCAGAAAGAGAUGGAUCAAAGAGAUGCCUUAACGAAAAUGAAAGAUGUGUAUAUCAAGAACCCACAGAUGGGAGACGCAGCGAGUGUGGACCACAGAUUAUCAGAACUUGAACAGAACAUUGAAAAGCUACGAUUAGAAGUGCAGAAAUUUGAGGGCUGGCUGGCUGAGGUAGAGGGCAGGUUGCCCACGCGGACUGAGCAGGCCCGGCGGCAGAGUGGGCUGUAUGAAGCCCAGAACACUUCAGCAGUGAACAGCUGUGCACAGGACCGGGAGAGCAGCCCAGAUGGCAGUUACACAGAAGAGCAAAGUCAGGAGACUGAGAUGAAAGUACCUGCAACAGAUUUUGACGAUGAAUUUGAUGAUGAAGAACCACUACCAACCAUAGGAACGUGUAAAGCUCUCUAUACAUUUGAAGGUCAGAAUGAAGGAACAAUUUCUGUAGCAGAAGGAGAAAUGCUCUAUGUAAUAGAAGAAGACAAAGGUGAUGGGUGGACACGAAUCCGAAGGAACGAAGACGAGGAGGGCUAUGUCCCUACAUCUUAUGUUGAAGUCUAUUUGGACAAAAAUGCCAAAGAUUCCUAAAGGUGUUUGUGCUGGUGCAAGAACCUCGGGGCGAGCUUGUCACAGAAGGAGAAACAAAAUGGUCUGUUUACCCUGCAGGCAGUUAAAACAUACCCAUGGAAAGCCAGACUCCCACUCUUGUCUGGAGUUCCCACUUGAAAAAUUCAGACCUAAAUUCCAUCCCAGUAUCAUUCAGAUGCUUGUUCUUUUCCAUGGCAUGCUUACUUGUGGCUCAGAUUAACUUAUCAGCCUUCCCUGCUCUUCUACAGCUUGGCACAUCCCUUCUGUAAAAAAAAAUAACCGGCACUUCCCCUCCCAGCUCCUCCCAGUGCUGGUCAGAGAAUCACUGGCUGCCCAUUGAUGCAAAGGGCACCCAAGCAUGUGCAGGUCUGUCUUGUGUCCUCCCUUGUCCCUCUGUCCAUCCGAAUGUAUGCACUGGUCCAUCAGCAUUUCACGUGGUGCCUUUAGCACUAAUCCUGCAGGUAGUUUCACCAGCUUGGAAAGGAGGUGCAUACACAUGGUAAGCUGCUCCUGGGGACAGUGUUACAGCAGCUGGACUGGACUCUGAAUUGGCAGAUAUUCAACUUGAUCCAAGUGCAUCAUUCAGUAUUCUUCUUUCCACAAAAAUAAGUCACUAAUACUUUUCAGCCUUUAUUUUUUUUAAAUCUAGGCUGAUGCUCAUGCCAAGUAUUAAAUCCCUAUGACCUUGCUGUUGCCUGAAAGCCUUCAAGCUCACGUAUGUACACUUUCUUUCCUGCUUGUUCUCUUUCCCCUUCCUCUUUAUUGCCCCCUCCUUUCUUCCUCCUCACCCUCACACACACACAGACACACACAAACACUGGUGUUUUGGUUUAAAGCCCCGUUCUGCUCGUCACAAAGACCUCCAUUUUGCUCUUGUUUCAGUCUGCAUGCUCGCCCUGUUGCCUUGCCUGCGCCCACCUUCCCGAGGGCCACAUUAUUUUGUGGCUCGUUGUUAAUCUCUUUGCAGUUUUUCUUUUGUUGGUUUGUUUUUCAGCAUUUCAGACCUACCUUCUUCUUUUUGCAUGACCUCCUGUGCGUCCCCAUCAGUUACUGUUUGAAUAACAGAAUUUUUUUAGAAAAUAAUAAAAGAGAAAAGAAAAGAAGAAAAACUGCACUCUAUUUCGUUCUCCCACACUGUCAUGGACUGGACCUUGGCCCUGAAGCCAGCCCUCAGCCAUCCUGUUCUCAUGUGGUUUUAUCUGAAGCAGAAGCGAUGCUGCACUGUGUCACGUCAUGCAUCUAUCUCCAGAUAUGCUGCAUGACUUAAGCUGCCUAACACAGGGGUCAAUUGCUCUCUAGAUCUCUGCACUACAAAUGCAUUGGUUUCCCUGAAUCUUUACUGUUGCUAAGUUGUCACAGUAAUCCUGUAUGUGGUUAAGCCCUGUAAGAGUCGGUUGCUCCUCAUAGCUCCUGAGGGACCUUACUUAUCCUUAAACCAACCCAUUGCUUGGAAAAGUCUGCUUGCUCUUGGGGAACUUCAGCAUCUCUUGAAAAAUCCCCAGAACUUGAGGAAAAUUUGUAUGGGAGCUGAUGUGGCUGAUGACCCUGAGAUGAAACCUCACAGGUGUAUUUUGCAGACGUUGUCCAUGCUGUUCUGCUGCCUGCUGUGCUUCUAUGCGGGGUCAGCAUGGAGAAGCGUGUCCCAGAAUCAUGUGCUCUCCAUACUGGGGUUUGCCUCAGUCUCCUCCUCUCAGAAUGAAGUCGUUCUUGAAUUAACAUUAUCUUCAGGACUUUGUCCCUUUCCAUUUGAGAUACCCACUUUUAAUUUCCAUAGCAGAAACCCCUCAGUCCUUCAGUUGGUGCUGCAGCUGCUGUAUUGCAGUGCUUACAGCCUGCAAGCAUCCACCAGCAACAGGUUAUGUUUCAAUCUCUGGGGGUCCGAGUGGUAGUGCAGCCAACAGGUUUGCAAGAAUGGCCAUAGAAUGUUUUAGCCACUGUGUUUUAUUCUCAUGUCCAGUGCUGUUCAAUCAGCAGCAAGAGGAGUUCAUUUUCACCUGUUAUUGUGCCAUCUAUGUCAAACAGAUAGUUUGCUUUUAUACCUUUAAGCUGGGUGGACAGUAUAUUAUUGUCAGCCUUCGUGGAGCAUUGGAGCAGUUGCAACGUCUGUGUCGCUCAGUAGCGCAGUAGGAGGAGCAUUAGCUUUAGCUGCCUGGUUGUCUUUCAAGAAAGAGUCCUAUGAAAAGGCCACAGAUGGAGUUUUUAUAAGCCUGGAUCUGCAAACUGACCACAAGAAAAAGGAUGGACAGUCCACGUGUGUUGUAGCCUACAAUCUCUAUUCUGCUGCCUUCGUUCAGGGUAAAGGAUGGGUAACUUUGGUCGAGUUUACCUUAUAUACAAAAGCAGGACUGAAUACGUGCACUGGUUUAUAAAAACUCUGCUUGAACUUCUCCUGCCCAGAAGUGGGGACUGCACAGCCUGCAAAACCCUGCUGUCCCCAGCAAGUCUCUUAACGCCCUUUCUUAACAUCUGUAAAUAGAGAAGAAACAUAUUUACUGAUACCGAAAGUCGUGUUUAAUGCUGAGUAUUUUUCAGAAGUUCAUUUAGUUUGAUGCAUAUCGUUGGUUAUUUUUUUUCCUGCCUGAAGUGUCAAAAAAGAACCUAAAAAGAAGCCAAAUUCUAUUUUAACAUGAGGAUGUCGAGCACUUUUUUAUUUGUAUGUGUGUGUAUGUGUGUUUGAGCACCGAUCUCUAGAUUGUGGUGGCAUCUCAGUGUUGUGAUUUCAUUGCCAAUGUAAAAAGUUCUGGUGUUGCCCAUUCGUUUCUGGAGACAGAAUUCAACCAAAUAAAGUGCUUCCAUUUGAAAGCGAAUAUUGACCUUGUAACGGUGAAAGGAAAGUCAUCCACCUAUUUAAAUAAACCUUUAAUUCCUGAA